GAAACUUUAAAUAUAACAGUUGUACAAUGUUUUGCCUGGAAGAUUGUUGGCGAGUUGGAUAUUUGCAUUAGCAUGACUGGGUAUCGUACUAGGUAUGUUUUUAUUACAGCCUCUAACUUGCUUUUCUUCAAUACCGAGGAACCUCGAAUAUCAAACCCUUAUAUAACGCCUUCAGGUCCUUGGCAGAACGAAAAAUAUCUCUUGUCUCAGUGCUAGUCAAAUCACUAUAUAGUAUAUAGUAAAGAACCUCCAUAUAACGAGACCUUGGUAUAGCGAACAUGUUUUGCCAGCACUUUUGCCCUUAGUAACAUUGUCUUUCCAUUGUAGUAAAGACGUACUUUUGAGGCGACAGACUAUUCUAUCAAAGUCUGUUUCUGAGACAAGAAUAUUGAUCAGAUUUGUAGUUGAAUGAUACAAAGGUUUCUGCGAAUCCUUUGAACUGGAAUGUUUUUGAAGUUAACUGUCGCUUUUAUAUGUUAUGACGCAUCUUCUCUCCUUAUCCAUACAUUUCAUUUUAGGCCUCUUACCCCUGCCCUUUAAGGGAGACCUCAUUUCUAAGGGUAAAAUGGACUUUUCUUUAAAAGAGUUUAGGGGUGCGUCAAGAACAGCUAAUGAUAUAGACGCUAAAGAAAGAGUACUUGCCGAGCACGCAUAACGCAGGAAACCAUUUUUUGCCUUAACUAAGGGGUCUAACAUAGCUUGCUCGCUAAUUUUCGUUUCCGCAAAAUUGUGUUUUACGGCGUCUCAAUUGGAAUUUGAUUUUGAUUUUGACCCGAAUCAGAAUUUUGUACCUCAGUGUCAGUUAGAUAUAUUCUUUCUUUGUUUAUGUAAGUGUUCUUUGCCAGCCUAAAAGGCGCUAUUUUGUGCGUUUUUCACGGGAGUACGAAGUGGGCGAAGAAGGUGAGACGGCGAAUAACUAGCGCUUGUUCUCCAGGCUAACGUUUUCUUUGAAUAUGGUGUUAUGUCCCGUAAGACACAUUUUAUCUUGGUGUCAUUAAAGUAUCUUGCUUUGAGGGUAGUAUAAAUGUUAGGACUUUAAGGAGUCACGGCAACAAGGAUGACAAUUAACACUUUUUGUUGCAUUACUGUUUCAUCACGGCACGACAAGGAAGUGAACGUUUUCUUUAAAUAAUUUUACUUUAAAAAAUUGAACAACACAUAUAGAGCACAAAAUCGAACAGACAAUUUUUAAGAGACAUAAAACAAGAGAAUGAUUAAGAUGAUAAACACAGCAACAUCAGUGUGCUGAUUUUCCUGUGGGAGGUAUAAAAGAAAACUACAUUAGCUUGAGCUGGUUAUGUUACCAAGUCAUCUCUCUUUCAUUUUGUUCAACUCCAGUCUAGUUCCUCGCCCAAUUUUUUUUAUUAGUAUAUAUACGGAUAAAGAUGUACGCACAUUUUUUUAAAACAGUACUGUCUAACGUUUUAAGAAAAUUUGUAAAAAUGAUAAUUCCUGUUCGAUAUCCACUAUGUAUCACCCACAAUCGUGUGUUUGCUUGGCCAAAUCAAGUCAGCAAAAUCAGCUUAAUGUUAAUAUAUUAUGUUGUAGCCGAGAUUUGAUUAAAAAGGUUAAUGGGUUAGCUUUGGUACUCUUACCCCUGGCCCAGUAGGGACUUGUAGAUAUGCUGUACCGCUAGAAGAAAAGAAAUCCAAAGCGGUUAGUUUUUUGAAAUCACUUUAAUCCGCUGAAGUGGGUAGAGCUUUCUGCAUUUCUUGCAUUGUGAUCUGCAAAUUUUGUAGAAGGUUAAUUGACAAAAAGGAGUGAGUAACUCUAAGCUUAGUUAACAGUUCUAAUGAAAAGAUUCUGAAUUAUUCCAACUGGAGGACACGUAAAAUAUGUCAGUUGACUCCUUUUGUAUGGUUGAAUAUCCCCGACUCGUAUGUCAAAAAGAUUAACUUCUCACAACGUGUAAAGCAGUCGGUAGACAUGAUGGUCAGCGGAGUUACCAAAAUAUCCCUUUUGAGGAUUUGGUGAAGCUAAAAGAAAGGUGAUACAGAAUGGUUAUGAUUGAAAAAAUAAAUUGUUUUUGAUAUUACAUUAACCGGCGCUUUGAUUCAUUAUUGAUUGGUGGUUGGCAAAUUAACAGCUGGGAACAGUGCUUACCAAACAGGGUUAUGUCCUCCCCCGGUGUCAGUACGUUGUUGCACCAAACGCCCUCCAUCCGUGUAUUGCCGCUAUAAAGCAAAAAAAACUCACUUAUAUUUCAAUAAACACAUUCUCUUGGCAGAGCAAGUGAUAUAAACGCCCUUCUUACUAUCCUUUUCACUAUAAAGGCAAAAUUAUAUAAAAUUCAAGUGCGCUUAUAAUAGCGUAUCAACUGUGGGCUAUGUGUUGGCAUGCCACAUGAACAUCAUCGUUAUGUUUACGUUCAUUGAGUGUAGAAAUUUUUCUCGUAGCUACAAUCUGUGACAUUAGAUCUUGGUUCAAUUGAAGGAAAAACGUUGACAUGUUGUGUUCGACCUCCUUUUCCUUUUUCCCUCAAUGUUGGCCUCGAACUUGGACAAUUCCACCGGAAAACCAUUACAAAACAACAUUGGAACAGAGAAAGACAGGUAUCAGAGCAGCGUGACCCAAGUUGAGUUUCACUGAUUGUAGAUGUGCACAAUCUUAAUACAAAGUCAAUUAAGAGUAUGAUGUGCAAAGGGUCACUUUCAUUCAACAUUGCUUUCUCACAGAUAUCAAGAUUAACCAGAAUGCCAUGUCAGGUGUCAUGCAUAUUUCAAGAAAGACAACUAUAACGUUUACCUCAGGGGAAGAUGUUUCAAGGUGGCCAGGAUUAGAAACAGCUUGGAGGUCUUGA